GCCGUGCUCGAACCAGAACGGUUGCGACUGGAGCUGACUGUUGGCUUCUGUUGGUGCACAUGAAUAUUUCCAGCCGUAGCCAUAGCUCCUGGGCACAACUCUUACUUCUCUACAAUGAUUCCAGAUUUCAUGGUGUACUUUGAAACGAUUCCAGACUUUGAAACGUCAGCGAACAGUCCAUACCAAGGGUUCAGGCACAAAGACUUCAGAUGACAUGUACAUCGUGGUUGCAAGGAGAUUUCUAAUCGCAGAAGGCACGUGCGUAGUUUUAUAUGUCCGUGAUCCAUGUUGUAAUAAUAAUAGCUCUGCAAAAUGUCUGAGGAACCAGAGCAAAAUCAAGUUACACUAGAAAUCACCGAUGCUGAGAAUCAAAAUGCAGAGAACAACGAUGCUCCAGUACCACCAGCUAAUAACAAUGACGAACCAUCCGAAAAUACGUCUUCUCCGAGCAAAUGUGAAAGCCAGAAGCCCAUAUCGCCAAAGAAACUCCCGCGGAUCGUCAAGGUUGGCCUGUUCCUCCUAGGCUUGUAUCCGGUGGCAAAAUGCCCCAAAUGCUGUCGCAGUGAAGGAGCAAGCGAGGAUGGAAAAAAUGGUCAGGAAGAGGAUUUUUGGUCAGAGUAUGGAUGCUGCAAGAAAAUGUGGGCCUUUUCACCAGUAUUCGUUUUGGCUGGGGUUGUAAUUUUACAUGUCCUAGAUUUCUUUGUGAUAAUCGUCAUGUUCAUGGACAAAGAGGAGAACGCAGUCUUCGUUUUGUGGUACUUCACAUAUCUGCUUCACCUGACCACCACUCUUACAUUCUGUCUAUCCAGAUGGCUGUAUCUGUCUUUGUGUUACGAUCAACAUAGAAACCGCUUGUCAGUUUGGUCGAAGAAAUACUUGAAGAUGCAUGCAGGUUACGGUCCUCAUCGGCCGAUUCUAUAUUUCUUUCUUUUCAUGACUUUACCUAUUGCCUGCAUUCUUUUGAAAGUCGUAACGUUUGCCUUCGAAUCUGGCCAAACCAAUUGCCACAAUGAUGCUUUCUCUGUGCUCAGAUUUAUUGGGGGCGUGUUCGGAUAUUUCUACUAUGGAGUCUUCUGCUUCGUGAUCUCGUUCUUCAGAAUCGCACAUCGUAAGAAGUUUUACGAAAUUGCUAAAAAAAUCAGUGAACGUGGAAAGGGCAACAUCGAAGACACAAAACACGACAUCAAAGAGCUGUCCCUGGGGUUUCUCAGCUUUCGUGACUUUGUUGGGGCGUGGAUGAUGAUAUCCCUAUCUUUGGGCGUCUUUGGGCUUGCCUCCAUGGUUCCGUUUACUCUUUACACCUUGCCGACGAUAAGAAAUCCUAAGAACUCUCUAGUUCAGGUCAUGCACUUAGAGAUUUGGACAGCCUUUACGUGGCUUGACAAGAUUCUUUUUAUACUGUGGCCAACAGUGGCAGUUGCGGGUUUGGAUGCGGGGUACUCUUGGCGAUAUUUUAAAGAAAUGAUCUUAAUGAAGUGGCAUGCUAAGUACGAUAGCAGCGUUGAAAAUGAAGAAGAAAAGUCACAACGCAGUAAGACGCUGGAAGACAUCUUGGUUCAUAUUCAGCAGCUUAGCGAUGGAUGGGCCUGGGCCGCAUCUACCUUGAUCCUCUCUGUUGUCAGUGUGUACGUGACCAUUCAGUUGUUUCCUAAGCAGGAUGUCGACCCAUGGAUCAGCGUAGAAUGUGACUCAGAUACAUCCUCAAAUUACACAGUCAACAGGUUUAUAUUUUCAAGAUUCUUGUAAAUCGUUCAAGCGCACCACUCUCCCAAGGAAGACCAGAGCUUUCUGACGAGAGACGUUGAGUUAAGACAAGUAAUUCUUCCCCAAAACGCGCCGCCCAUUUUAGAAUCGGUCACAUCGGUGUAUUCGCAAACAUUUCUAUGGCAUCAAAAAGUCUCGUAUCGUGUUUAGAUUAAUUCUUGAUUCGCGAUAUGUACCAGGUCCGACUGGGAAAUGCGUUCUAUUUACGCGGGAUCUCGAUCCUUGAGUAAGGCCAUGCAUUAGCACAUAUUCUUCGUUAAACUAUCCUAUUAAAAUUGUAUUUUGUAAACUUCUUAUUAAGGCGAUAAUUUACCAUAUUUUACCUCGAUAUUUAGUACACUUUUCAAGUUUCCAUUGAAAUUGGAUCUUGGUUCAGGUGCUGUUGAUCUUCAAUAAUUUGGAGACUUGAUCUCGGCUUCCAUUGACAUGGUUAAACCAAAGUUCUCUGUUACAAUGCAAUUUUCAAAACCAGGAUUACACAUGAAAAUGAUGCAAACUUGAGGGGGUUAUUUUCGAUUUCGCUUUCACUCGAGACUUAUACACCAUACUUAGCAGACUCAGAAAACAUGAUGCUUGGAGCAUAAGCACCACAUUAGUAGUUAAGUUACUGAUGCGCACGAUUGUGGGUUUUGGAAAUUCCAGAUGUCUAUUUUUGUCUUUUCGCUGAAUCACGCCCUCUUGUGUACUUUGAUUUGUUUAAUUUCUUCUUGAUAGCACACAUUAACCCAGCUAUAGAUUCAUUCUCGAAAUGAUCUUUAAAGUGCUCAAUGUACACGGCAAAACAACCAUCGUAAAAACAUAUUUCACGCGCUAGUGAUAUUCUUAGGAGCAGCUUAAUGUAGAGGAAUUCAUGUUUCACGUGCUUAAAUGAGCAUUUAUUAUUAAUGUUUUUAAAAAGUAACUUGUAAUCACUAGAAUUUCGUUAGAAACGUGGUUUCUGUUACUUUAUGAGCUUUCAAGAUUCUUUUCACUUUUGUUUUCUUUAUUUUCAUAAUCAAAUUUUCUAUUUUUAUUUCAAAUUAUUGGUUGGUCAACAAUGUGUGUGCAUUGGUCAUUCAGAUAUCUAUUGUUGGUAUAAUGAAUGUGAUCGUAGGUUGAUGGAUAUGACAAUUAUGUUUACAGUUUGUCACGAUUGGGCAAUUUUUUUUCGUUUUUGGUUUUAGAUCAGUUUGGUUUAUUGUUAUCGCAGUCCUCUUGUAGACAGUCUGAUGCUAUGAAUGUAUAUAGGCUUGUUUCUAUAAUUUGUUUGAAAAAUCUCCGGUUCACCAUUAACUUUCUUCUGUUAAAUUGAUUCUGAUUGCAUGGAUUAAACUACAGAAAUCGAAUUUAAAAUGUGUAUCUUUUACUUGUGUUGUAAUUUGAAGGCAGACUCUACAACUAAUUAAAUUUGUAUGCAAAUUAAUAAUGCUUGCUAAAUGUGAUAAAAGUGCAUGUGUAUUGUACAUGUACCAAAAGUUUACCAAAAUAAUGUUU